UUGUUAAUAUAACACAUUCACUUUCCCUUCUAUUUUCGUUCCAUGCAAAAUCAAUCCAAAUCUCUCUAACCAAACAUGAAUAUUUCCCAAAUGAUACCCGUUUUUGUGUUAAUCAACGUCUUGGUUUUGGUAUCUGCCAGUGACUUCAACCAAGAUUUUGACAUAACAUGGGGAGACGGCCGUGCCAAGAUUCUCAACAACGGCCAGCUCCUCACCCUUUCCCUUGACAAAACCUCUGGCUCGGGGUUUCAAUCAAAGAAACAAUACUUGUUCGGAAAAAUUGACAUGCAGCUAAAACUUGUGCCUGGCAAUUCUGCAGGAACCGUGACAGCAUACUAUUUGUCUUCAGUGGGGAAUGCACAUGAUGAAAUCGACUUUGAAUUUCUUGGUAACCUAAGUGGAGACCCUUAUAUCCUCCACACAAAUGUAUUCACACAAGGGAAGGGAAAUAGAGAGCAACAAUUCUAUCUUUGGUUUGACCCUACCAAAGACUUCCACACCUACUCUGUCCUAUGGAAUCCUCAAACCAUCAUUUUCUACGUGGAUGAAACUCCAAUAAGAGAGUUCAAGAAUUUAGAAUCAAAAGGCAUCCUUUUCCCCAAGAGCCAACCCAUGUGGAUAUACUCCAGCCUCUGGAACGCAGAUGAUUGGGCGACCCGUGGUGGCCUUGUCAAGACAGAUUGGAGCCAAGCACCAUUCACUGCGUCCUAUCAGAACUUCAGUGCCCAAGCUUGCACUUGGACUUCAAGUUCAUCCUCUUGCUCUUCAAAUUCAUCCCAGAAUUCCUGGAUGAGGCAAUCCCUGGACAGCACAGGCCAAGCCAGAAUACAAUGGGUGCAAAAGAACUACAUGAUCUACAACUAUUGUACUGACACCAAGCGUUUCCCUCAAGGACUCCCACCUGAAUGCUCUCAAUCUUAAUUAAACCAAUUUCUUUUUUUGUGACACUAGUCAAGUGUGUUGUAUUAAUCCAAAUCCGGUAUGUUUAAUUAAACCAAAUUUUAUGUAGAGGAGUUCAAUAAUUUAGUUGUAAUUUAGUCCAAUAAUAAAAAUGUAGAAAGCAA